AUGCUCAACUUCGGAUUAACCAGCAUUGACAUUGCAGCCAAGCGUCAGCAGCGAAUGCUCAGAACGCUCGGACAAAACCUUCUCAGCAUCGACGCUGAGGGCGCCUGCGAUACAACAAUAGUAACCAGUAACAAGCAUGAGCGAGAAGCACUCCUCACAGCCGUCGUCUUACAGGGGAUCGUGGUCGCACAAACAGCAGAUGGCGUAUUGGAGCCCCACGUCAAAUGCGCUUCUUGGCUCAUGCAAGCACUAGGCUACUUUGAUGAAAUCCCACAAAACCCCAUCACACGCAUGGCAGUACAACGCUUCGGCAUGGUUGAUGUAAUGCUAGCUAUCUCACGACAGCGAAGACCGUACGCACCGCAAAAUUUCAUACUCAACCAGCCUGACCACAAUCGCUGGGACACCACCGAGCCCUCAUUCCACAAGAUGACAGGAUGUCCACAACCACUAAUGUGCUUCCUAGUGCGAAUAGCGCAUCUAGCCUGCGAUGUGAGUGAGGGACUCGAAACGAAUACAGAUGAAAGCGCGAUUCUCAACGAAGCUUUCAAACUCGACACCGAGCUUCGCGCCUGGGGAUCUGGAUACAGUGGAAUCCCGGUGCAAUGUGAGCGGUCGCCUCUGGAUAUCCUCACCGAGUGUUUUUAUUGGACUGCACAUUUACUACUUGCUCGUCGGGUAUUUCGAGAUCAGACGUGCUCGCCGCGGGUGCAGCAUUUGGUGCGUGUAUGCUUUGGGCUGAUGGAUCAUCUGUCGACAGGAUGUGGGCCUGAUUCAUCGCUACCUCAACCGUUUUACAUUGCUGCGAGGGAGGCUAUAUCAUCGGACGAUCGUGCGUGGGUUCGACAGAAGCAUGAGUCUAUGACGGCAUAUUAUAGGGAGCAGCAGCGGAACUCGGCAAUGGAGCUUAUUGAGCAGAUCUGGGAAACGACGGAUAAAUUACGGGAGUUGGGGAAUGGAUCUGGUUGGUCGAGGGAGAUUGAACUGUCAAUAGUGGAUAAUUAUGUGCAAGCGCUUGAUAGAGGGGCUUGUUUCUUUAUUUUUUAA